AUGCAAUGGAUCACGCUAGAGCAGCGGUACAUAGAAAGCACUAAGCAGCAACCAUCAACUGAUUACACCAAGCAAACUACCCCUCUAGGAAGCUUGUGGAAACUGUUUGUCUAUGCUUACUUGCAAGAUACACAAAUACAAGAGCCAAUCUACCAAUGCAGGCGCACAGACAAAAUCAAGGGCGAUGAGUUUUGCUGCAACCAAGAAGAGAGUCUGGACAGAGAUACUGCAUUGGUGCGAUCUUGUGGCAAUUAUUUUGCUCCCAAACGGCUGGGCAUAACAGAGCAAGACUGGAGCCGCUAUUGGCAGCGCAGCGCACCACAGGCAAAGUGGAUGCAUAGUUUAUCUAAUAUGCAGCCUGCAACCAGCGUGAUGGUAGAAGAUAUUUUGCAGGUCUUACAGCAGAUGCCGCAACCGACAGUAAAGUCAGCGCGUACUGCUCUCUUGGGGCGCUUGCUACAACCAGAGUGGCAAUCUGCCUUGACACAAAUGGGAAGCGCCUACCGAUUUAAAACCUAUACGUGGGACGAUCCAAAGCGCCCUGGCGCUUAUGUGGGUGGUGCGGCUGGCUGGCUGGCUGAUGGCCGGGUAUUUUGGAUAGGAGGCAGGGGCCGCAGCAAAGACGUCAUCCAACGUAUCAGCCCUAUGCUACCCGCCGCGUUGGCACCAAGCAAUACGGCGGCGGGACAGUCUUGUGUGCAGGUAGAUUUUUUACAUCGCUACCCCUUGCGCAAGGUCACACUUCAAGGUGCAGACAAAGCAAUCACUGGCACCUUGCGAGGUGCUUAUGUGGCACACUUGGCUAAC